AAAGCUUUUUAAAAAUGCCAAAAGUUGCUUUUAUUCUAAUAAUUAGCUAUUUAUUAUUUUAUAAUAGUACAUCGAAAACACUAGAGGACCUGAACUCGAAGUAUUAUGAUUUUCAAGAAUCCGACACAGAUGUGAAUUCUUUGGAACAACGAAAACUUAUAUCUUUUUUAAAUUUCAUGAAAGAUAAUGAUCGAGAAUUACUUAUUAGUCGUAUUAGAAUUGAUGAAGAAGACAAUUCGCUGUCCAAAUUUUUAGUGGAUGCCUGGGAACUUGGCCAUAAUUUCCAGUUUGAAACAUUCUACAAUCCAAUUUACGUGUUAUGUCGUUGUAAUACUACAAAUACACUUCACAGAAGGGAAGGAGUUGUCCUGGAAGUGGUGGCUAAAAACGAAAAAUCUGAUAAAUUUGAACGUCAUAAGUGGAUCGCCAUUUUUCUUUCCGAAAAAGAAACAGGAUACUAUCUAGAAUACGUGGAACAUCUUGGUUCGAUUAAAUUAGAAAAUGUGAAUUCGGAAUUUGAAUCCGUGUUUAUUAUUAAUUCUAUUUAUGAAUGUCCGAGUCAUAAGCAGUUUUCAAUGAAUACAAAAAACUCAGGCAAAUUCCAAAACCGAGAUAAUAUUAUUUCAAAACACAUUGAACACGAGUGGACCGAAAGAGAAUACGAAGUAUGAAUAGAACGUGUUUCGAAUUCUCAUCUAGUUACUUUUACUAUUAUACCUGAUUUUAUUUUCACACGACAUUUUUCAUAAUAUUUGAAGAGAAUAGAAUAAAUAUCUUGUUU